AUGGACACGCUCAAACGACCACUCGAUGCCACACUAUCAUCCUCACCAGCAUUCGGCACACCACUCCACCCCAUCCCCGCCCAACGACCGCCCCCACCCCCACCAGCAUUCAAGCCCGCGAUACAAACGAUACUACCCAUCAUCCUCCCGCCUGCAACACUGCGACCUCUGGCCUUCCGGACGUUCACGAAGAAGCACAACCUCACUCUCAAUGCUUCGGCUCUGCAGUCAUUAGCAACAUUCAUCGGAAGACAUUGCGGGACAGGAUGGAGGGAAGAGGGGACGGGCGAGAAGGUGUUGGAGGAGGCUGCCCGGUUAUGGAAAGCAGAGGGUGGCGCUGUAAUUGUCGAGGAUGGGGAGAGAUUGAAGGGCAUCCUCAAGACGCUGGAGGGUAGCAUGAGUGGCGGGAAGGUCGGGUUGGUAAGGAAGGGCAGUACCGCCAUCAGCCGACAGAGCAGCUUUGCGUUCGGCAACGACAGUGCUGUUGAUCUGACCAAGGAUGGGAUGCGAGGCAUGCAGAGACCGAGUCUGGGCAACGAAGAACGGACCAGUAGUUUUGGUCUGAGCAAACUGCACGUUGAAGAUCCAGCCGACGACGAGCACGACGACGACGAAGCAAGCACAGAUCCCAGAGCAUGGCUCAAAGUCAUCUCAGCCUUCGACCAACCGCGCUUCACCUAUGACGUCGAGAAGAAACACUUCAUCCCUUCGCCCAUCAAACCCAGCCCCUUUCCACCACCGUCACACAAAACAGCCAUCUUCCGGGAAAGGUACAACAUCAUCCACCAACGCCUCCUCCGGAACGAAGCCUUCCAGGCACCCUCCUUCUCUGCUGCACUCCAGAAGUCCCGGCGAGACGGCGGCGGUGCAGCGACCAACUACAAGAUCACGCCCGUAGCCAACCUUCUCGGCCGCGGCGGCUCAUCCCAUCUCCUACUCGGCCAGCUCAUCGUCGCGCCAACCGGCACACUCGCUCUCAACGACCCGAGCGGCAGCAUUAGCAUCUCCCUGGAGCACGCUACACCCUUCCAAGGCGGCACCGACGAGAACGCCCAGCCUUACUUCUGCCCUGGCAUGAUCGUGCUGGUGGAUGGUGUGUACGAAGAAGACUGGGCGGGAGCUGGCUCUUCCGGUCUCGGAAACACUGGAGGUGUCGGCGGCACGAUUGGCGGACGAUUCAUCGGUUUCGGAAUUGGUGGGCCUCCUGUUGAGAAGCGCGAUGCUAGUCUCGGGGCAGGAGAGUCCGGUGGUGGGUUUGGCUGGACGGACUUCAUGGGGACUGGCUCGGAUCGUGCUGUCGGGACACGCAUGCGUAGGUUGGAGCGGCGAUUACUCACAGCGCCUGAAAAGGAGGAUCGGAGGAAGAUGGUCGUGAUGUCCGAAGUCACGCUCAACGAGCCAGCAACGCUCCUUGCGCUGCGGAAGGUCCUGUCGCUCUACACAUCAUCACCGCCCACGACGUUCCUCCUAAUGGGCAACUUCCUCUCCGCCGCGGCGCUGACAGGGACGAGAGACACCGACAGCAUCGCCUACAAAGAAGCCUUCAACGAACUCGCCGCUCUGUUAGCAGACUUCCCAUCCCUACUACGACACUCGACCUUCGUCUUCGUACCCGGCGACAACGACCCCUGGGCCUCCGCCUUCUCGGCCGGUGCGUCGACCCUGAUACCACGGGAUGGCGUCCCCGAGCUCUUCACGAGCAGGAUAAAACGAGCAUUCGCCAAUGCAAAAGAGGCUGGUGAUUCCUCAAAAGGCGAGGCGAUCUGGACAAGCAACCCAGCACGCCUGAGCCUCUUCGGUCCAGCGCACGAAAUCUGCGUCUUCCGCGACGACAUUUCUGGACGUUUCAGGCGGGCAGUCGUAAGGAUCGGCCAGGCGACGAAGAAGGACUCGCCCCUCGAACCGGAGGAACAACAACAACCACACACGAACCUCAACCCCAGCGACGAAGACACCGAUGGCGACAUCCUCAUGUCCGGCGCCCUGCCCUCUUCCCCCCCUGCGCCGCCCUCACCACCCCAACCCCACCUCGCCCCUCCAGUCCAACCCGUCCAACCUCAAAGCGACACCGAAGCCUACCCCCUCCUCCUAGCCAAAAAAACCAUCCUCACCCUCCUCCCGCAAUCCACACUCUCCCCCUUCCCCCUCUCCCUCCGGCCAACACACUGGGACUACACGCCCUCGUCCCUAUCGCUCUACCCCUUACCGCACACGCUUGUAUUGGCGGAUGCGGAGAUGGAGGCGUACAGUUUGGUGUUUGAGGGAUGUUGCGUUCUGAACCCGGGACGGCUUGUGGUGGAUGGUGGGACGAAUGGGAGGGCAGGGAAGGGGAAGAGGGUGGGGUGGUGCGAGUAUGAUUCGUGGACGAAGAGGGGGAGGGUGAGGGGGGAAUGGGUUGGUUGA